AUGGCACACGAGGAAGCUCUCCAGGUGACCACAGACAGCGAAGAAGAAUGUACCUUUUCUUCAGAAGAAGAGGAAGACUUUGACGAUGAACUCCUGCAUUUCGAGGAGCGCUUUGAUGCUGCGGAGGACACAGUUUCUAAUGAAUGUGAUAAUGACCGUGAGCAGAUGCCUGCUGCAAAGAGAGCCAGGACUCUUUCAUGGAAAGCAGAGACUGAUGUUGACGGGGCUCCACAGACUCUGAGAUUCCUGCCUGCUCGGGAACCUGGACCGCAGUUGUCUACUGCUGACGCGAACUCUCCCAUGAGUCUUUUCAAACUGUUUUUCACAGACAGUGCCGUGGAUAACCUGUGCCAGAACACAAAUGCUCAGGCCGCCAGGGCAGCUGCAAAGGGCCGCAAGUACAAGUGGACCGAUGUCAGUGUUGAUGAGCUUUACCGCUACAUCGGACUCGUUUUCUACAUGGCCGCGGUGAAGAUGAGCUCCAUCGCUGACUACUGGCGGGAGGACAGCCUUUUCUCUCUGCCUUUUCCCGCCACAGUUAUGUCAAGGGACAGAUAUCGCACCAUUUCAUGGAAUGUACACAUGAGUCACCCAGACGCAGACGAGGAAAACGACAGAAAGAGGGGCACAGCCCAACAUGACCGUCUGUUCAGGAUCAAACCCCUCAUGAACACGAUCCGUCUUGCGUGCAAAGCCUUCUAUCAUCCUAGAAGAAAUUUAGCUGUGAAUGAAAGAUUGGUGGCAUGCAGAGCAAAGAGAGAAGUGACACCGUGCAUGAAAGCCAAGCUGACAAAGUUCAAGUUUUUCAUCCUUUCAGACUCAUCAAAUGGAUAUACUGUGGACUUCUCUGUCUACACGGGCAAGAAUAGCUUUCCCACAGACCGUGGGCUUUCGUAUGAUGCUGUGAUGUCUCUCCUGGACCGUAAAGUUUUGGGCUCUGGGUACCAUGUGUACAUGGAUGAUUUCUACACAAGUCCAAAGCUCUUCACAGACUUGUUUGCUCUGAAGUUUGGUGCUUGCGGGACGUACAGAGACCAGAGGAAGGACUUCCCGAAGACUGCAGCUAAUUCACUGAGCAGAAACUGCAGGAGGAUCCAUCAGCACAUGGGGGGUGUUGACCUGUCCGAUCAGCUGUUGCAAUACUACGCCGCACAGCACAAAACCAUGAAGUGGUACAGAAAAAUCUUCCUACACUUCUUGGACAUUGCCGCCAACAACGCUUUCAUAUUGCACAAAGAGCUGCUUGGCAGCAUGACUCACGAUCAGUUCAUGGAAGAGCUUAUUGCAGAGCUCUGUGGCUUGUCACAGAAAGCAGCACCAAAACAGUUUAGCACAGAUCACGUGCCUGUUCCAGGAGCUCAGCUGACUUCAAACGUCAGAAGAAUUGCUACGGUCGGCCGCCGGAUCUGUGUGCAUUGCAAAGCCGUGCAUGGAAAGAAGCAACAAACACCUUGGAAAUGCCAGGCUUGUGACGUUCACUUGUGUCUUCAGUUGAACAGAAACUGUUUCCAGGAAUGGCACAAAAGUCUGUGA